AUGUCUCAACUAGACCCUUUACCACGGGAUCUUCCCUUUCGCAUCAUUUCCAAAACAGUUGGCCGAGGAGCCUACGCAUCCAUCAAAAAGGCCAUACCUCUGGACGCCGCCGACCCCGUCUUCGCCGUCAAGUUUAUUCACAAAGGUUAUGCCGUCAAGCAUGGCCGCAUAUCCGCCAAACAGCUUGCCAUGGAGGUUUCCCUCCACUCGCAUGUCGGCCAGCACCCCAACAUCAUUGAGUGGUUUGCCACGGGAGAGGAUAACGUGUGGCGUUGGAUAGCGAUGGAGUUUGCCGAGGGCGGUGAUCUUUUCGACAAGAUUGAGGCUGAUGUCGGGAUUCGGCAAGACAUCGCCCAGCUGUACUUUGUCCAGCUCGUCAGUGGCGUGAGCUUCAUGCAUUCCAAGGGCGUGGCGCAUCGCGACCUGAAGCCGGAAAACGUCCUCCUCUCGUCAGAUGGCAAUCUAAAGCUCGCGGAUUUCGGCAUGGCCACCAUGUUUGAGUACAAGGGUCAGAGGAAGACGAGCUCCACGCUGUGCGGCAGCCCGCCCUAUAUAGCCCCCGAAAUCUUGGCCUGUGGCCGGAAUGAUAGGAAGAGCGCCGCCCCCCCUGGCAAAUACUCGCCUGAUCUGGCGGACAUCUGGUCUUGCGGCGUCAUUCUCUUCGUCCUCCUCGUGGGAAACACGCCCUGGGACGAGCCGUCGUCCAACAGCUGGGAGUUCAACGAGUACGUCAAGACUUCUGGGCACAGCACGGAUGCACUUUGGGCGAGGAUGCCGCCAGAAGCACUCUCCCUCUUGCGUGGCAUGAUGUCGGUAGAUGCUCAAAAACGAUUCAGCUUCCGCCAAGUACGCCAGCACCCUUGGUACACGCAACACAACCCCCUCCUCACCUCUGACGGCAAAAUCUCCGACCCCAUCAGCCUUGCCACGCGAUUGUUGGAAGGCCUCCGCAUCGACUUCAGUCCAGCGCAGCAGUCUGCGUCGCAGCGACCAUUCUCGUCCUGCGUGGAUACAGGUCUCAAUGCUGGAAAUUUCUCGUCGACGCAGCCCGAGGUCCCCAUCAUCGACCGAGACUGGGAUUGGGAACGCCCAGUCUUGCGCUCCAUGGCUGCCCCGGCUUCAUCCUUACCCCCUCGUUCGGCCGACUCGCGCCGCAUAAUAAUGGAAGCGCUUGCUGACGAGCCGUCCAUGUCUCAAUUUUCCCAGCAUCCCGGCCCGACCAUGUCACUCACUCAGCACGCCCGCCGCUUCCGCGAUAUCUGUCCAGCCGAGUCUCUGACGAGAUUCUUCUCGCAUGUUCCGCCGCUCCACCUGAUUCAGAUGCUAAGCGACGCCCUUCACCAGUUGAACGUGCCACUUGCGCCCGUGACGCCAAACUUGUCCGGCAGUUCCGUCGGCAAUAUUAAAGUCAAGGCUCUUGACAGUAGACGGCAAAACUUGCACGGCGAAAUCCAAGUGGAGAAGCACCUGCUGUGCAGCGGAAGCGAAGUUCUUGAUGUGCGGUUCGUCAAGAACAAAGGGGAUCCGUUGGAGUGGCGAAGGUUUUUCAAAAAGGUGGUGGUCUUGUGCAAAGACGGUGUCUAUGCUCCAAAAGAGUAG